AACGGCAUAAGCAUAAACGCUUAUCCACACCCUACCUUUUCUCCGCCAACGAGAGGGUGAGAGCGAGUGAGGGACAGUUCCCAUUGCUGCCAUGGCUUGCGCAGCUCCUUCUGCCAUUCACUCCUCGAGCCCUGGCACUCUCUUAUGCAAAUCUACGAAGCCCAUGGCUUCCGUGCUUCCUUCAAUGCCAUUAUCCCAAACCCUAACCAUCCCCAGAAGCUUCAACGGUCUCCGGAGGCCCUUCCAGUCUCGCGCUUCUAGGCCAAUUUCCUCCCGCAGAUCUUCUUCGAGAAGGAGCUUCAUUGUCAAUGCUAGUGAACUCCCACUGGUUGGCAAUACCGCUCCUGAUUUUGAAGCUGAAGCAGUUUUUGAUCAAGAGUUCAUUAAGGUCAAGCUAUCGGACUAUAUUGGAAAGAAAUAUGUGAUUCUCUUUUUCUAUCCUCUGGAUUUCACAUUUGUUUGCCCCACUGAGAUCACGGCCUUCAGCGACCGAUACUCAGAUUUUGAGAAGUUAAACACAGAGAUACUUGGUGUCUCCAUUGACAGUGUGUUCUCGCACCUUGCAUGGGUGCAGACAGAUAGGAAGUCUGGUGGACUUGGUGAUCUGAAGUAUCCAUUGAUUUCUGAUGUGACUAAAUCAAUUUCAAAAUCUUAUGAUGUAUUGAUCCCCGAUCAGGGUGUUGCAUUGAGGGGACUUUUCAUUAUUGACAAGGAAGGAAUUAUUCAACACUCUACCAUUAACAAUCUGGCCAUCGGCCGGAGUGUUGAUGAGACAAUGAGAACACUCCAGGCAUUGCAGUACGUACAAGAGAAUCCAGACGAGGUUUGCCCAGCCGGAUGGAAGCCGGGAGAGAAGUCCAUGAAGCCAGAUCCCAAGCUUAGCAAAGAGUAUUUUGCGGCUAUAUAAACAUAAACAAAAACAAAGUGAUGCGUUCAUCUCAUCACUGUUAUUAGGAGAGCUCAGAGAAUUUUUUGUAUUCUUGUAAAUAUUUUUUUUUUCUGGUGAAGCAGUUUAUGGAAAUAAAAACAUGCGACAAUUUUGCCGCAAGUUUCCUGAACGACUGACUGUACGGAGCUUCUUUAUAUUGGUAUAUUUCCUCAAUAAAACAGGUUAGGAUUUGUGGUGGC